GAGAAUCUUUCUGCUGUUGCUAGAGAUUGUGAUGAUCUCAAAUUGAUCGCGAAGUGGAAGAGCAACCUGGCCACGUUACGCAACAUACUUUAGAUUUUUCGACGCAGCAGCCAUCCGUGGACGAGAAAAGCAAGACUUGACUCGACCCACCUAACUGGGCCAUCUAAAUAUCAAUCAAGCAAGCAGUUUUCACGGCCGUCCUCUUCCCGAGCACUAAAGAUUCCAUGACUUUUCAUGGCAUAUUUUUCCACUUACAUUUGCCUGCGGAAUGGUCAAAACAGAGCUUGAUCAUGCAACCCCCGCGUGAAUAAAAGGGUCUGUGUCAGCAUUUGCCUUUGGCAGGAACCAACAAUGGCUGAUGGAGGAGAGGUGAAGUUGCUCGGGUUCUGGGGGAGCCCGUAUGCACUGCGAGUGAUAUGGGCGUUGAAGCUGAAACAAGUCCCCUAUGACUACUUGGAAGAGGAUCUCCUCAGCAAGAAGAGCUCGCUGCUGUUGCAGUACAAUCCGGUCCACAAGAAGGUCCCCAUUCUCGUCCACCGCGGGAAGCCGAUCGCGGAGUCCCUCGUGAUACUCGAAUACAUCGAUGAGAUGUGGAAGCAGAGCCCUCUCCUUCUUCAGGACCCCUCCGAGCGAGCCAGAGCACGAUUCUGGUCCAAAUUCACGGACGAGAAGUGUGCGCCGGCUAUUAAAGCCGUGUCCUGCAGCCAAGGCGAGGAGCAACAGAAGGCCGUGUUAGAAGCUCAAGAGAGCCUCAAGACCCUGGAGAGCGGACUAGAGGGGAAGCUGUUCUUUGGAGGUGAGACGAUCAACUUUGCAGACGUUGCCACAGGCUGGAUUGGUUGUUGGGCUCGAAUCGUCGAGGAAAUCACCGGCACCAGUCUCAUUGAUGCUGAGAACAUGCCUUCACUCGAUGCUUGGUCCAAGAGGUUUCUGGAGCUACCCAUCAUCAAGCAGUGCGUGCCCCCCUGGGAUAAACUGAUAGAGCUCAACUCCGGGUUCGUCAAGAUGUACCUCGCUUCAUCUAAAUGAUCUUUCCUCGCUACCAUUUCCAAGUUCUUUAGGACUGCCUUAAAGGGACUGCAGACGAUUGUGUGGUAUCUCCAGCUCAUGAUAAUAAAGCAUGAUCUGAUUAUAAAGUUUUAGUGUAGGCUUGCGUUAUGUUGCUCUGCAGAGCAGCUUGUAUUGACAAUACAUAGAGAGAAUGUUUGCUCAUGCAUGUUGAAGCUCCCCAUUCAAAAUCCAGGUACAUACAGUGAUGAAGUUCUUGUGCCGAUGAAUUUCCAUGCUACAGAAAUUGACAGAUGAUAGAAGUGUUGUCACACAGGCAACUGAAACUUCAGACUCUCCUCUGACAUGAUAUUUCA